AUGAGCGACGAGAUAGCAGCUCUCACGUCCAAUACUACAGCCACCAACAACACACCACAGCUCCCUACCCCCUCAUUAGUCACAAACUCGCACCCCGAUCUCCCUGCUACCCCACCAGUCACAACUUCAAACUCGCCCCCUGAUAUUCCUCCUGGUGAACCUUCUGAAACACACUCCCUCAGUCAUGAGAGUUCAGAGCCCCUGCGCCAGGCUAAUUCAUCCAGCUGGGCAGCACGGAACCCAACACACCCUAUCAUCCAUCCUCGUACACCACCGCCUCGACUCACAGAUGCACAGAAGGCUUCUCGCAAGAUCAAGAGGGACCAAAAGAUUGAGAGAAUGAAGCGCUUACACGAUGCCGUCGCUGGAUAUCUGGACAAACAGAAAACGAAGAUUGAAGCACUGUCACGGGCUCACAACGUCACUCCGAAGCAAAUUAACAAUAUCAUUGGGAGUCAGACACACUAUUGCACAUCACGCAAGAGUCAAUUAAUCAAUGCCCUUGUUCACGCCAAGGCAAUGGAGGUGAACGUAGGUGAAUACAGUUUGGCGGAGCUCUGCGACAUGGUCGCAAAUGACCCUCAAACAAAAAGUUUGACAAAGGACGAAAAGGCCGCUCACAUCAUGGCCCUUGAGGAGUAUCGUGAAAAGAAGGUAGUCAGUAUUCGAGCGAACAAUUUGGCAGCUGCACGGGAUGUUCUCGUCACGACAGAGAGGAUUGUCAAGGAGCUCGAUGACUUGCAAAUUCGCACUGGCAUCUAUGCAACAUUGAUCAUUGUCCGCAGUCACAUUAACAACACGACUCAAAGUGCCAUGCACGGCACGGAUAACUCAGAGGAUUUUUGGGAGGAUGUGUACGAGCACCCCAUGGCUGACUUUCUCAGGCAAUAUGAGCAAUGGGCUUGUACCCAGAAUCAAAUACAGAAACAGGUACGGAAAUUGAUUAUUUGGGGCCUGGGUGAGCAACAACAUUGUCUGUGUGCGCUGUCCCAUCUAACAUCAUCUCCAGUCUCAAUCACCGGCAAAAAGGACAUAGUUAUGAACUACACCAACUACGAAACAGCUAUCGUCGAAGCCUAUGGGGUGCACCUUGUAGGAUGGCCUGAAGGUGUCGACUUUAUCAGCCCGUCGAACAUUGGCACAGUAGGUGACAUUCGCAGGCUUCGGGAUGCACUCAAGACUAGAAUGUGCUCUUGGACCACUCUGUCACCAGCGGAAGUCAAGGCUCACACCGCUGAACUCGAUGCACGCUGGUCAGCUGGGGAGGUGGUUCACAAGCCACGAAAAAAGUGUUCGGACGCUGGAGUAGCUCGGAAGCGCAAGGUUCUGCCCACAUCAAACAAGAAUAAUCGAAAAUCAUCAAAGAGGGCGAAGGAGGCCCCUGCUCGGCUUUGGGAAGCCCCAAAAAGUGCUGAAUUUGUAGAGUCAUCUGACGAGGAGGAGGAGGAGGAGGAGGAGGAGGAGGAUGAAUAA